GAAAAAUAAAUGAAUUCCGAGUCUCACAAUAGUCGUAGGUCGCUUCCCUUCUUCGUUGACUCUGCCCCACAGCUAGAGGCAGAGUGACUCUACUCUCCCCUGCUCUUUCUCAACUUUGUCGCCGUCCGGUUGUGCCUUUCCUCUCAGUUUUCAAAACCCCCGAUGAACAGACUUUCCCCGGACGGUGGUGGCGACGAUGGCAACGACGGGUCUGAAUCACUUGCAUCUCCCUUAUUGCUCCCACAGCGUUCCCUCAUCAAUUCCACCUCUCAGGUUGCCCUCGUCGGCGCCAAUGUCUGCCCGAUCGAAAGCCUCGACUACGAAAUCGCGGAGAAUGACGUGUUCAAGCAGGACUGGAGGUCUCGCGGGAAGAAGCAGAUGUUCCAGUACUUGUUCAUGAAGUGGUCGCUCUGUUUUCUUGUUGGGUUGAUUGUUAGCGUAAUUGGGUUCUUCAAUAACUUGGCCGUCGAGAACAUUGCUGGAUUGAAGUUCGUGGUCACUUCCAACAUGAUGCUCGCCGGGAGGUUUAAGAUGGCAUUUUUCGUGUUCUCUGCAUCUAACUUGGUAUUGACUCUGUUUGCAACCCUCAUCACGGCAUUCAUAGCUCCGGCUGCCGCCGGUUCUGGUAUACCGGAGGUGAAGGCUUACCUCAAUGGUGUGGAUGCUCCAGGAAUCUUAUCUUUGCGCACUCUGUUUGUCAAGGUUGUUGGAAGCAUCUCAGCUGUGUCAGCAUCUCUUGUAGUUGGGAAGGCAGGGCCAAUGGUCCACACAGGCGCCUGCGUUGCAUCCUUGCUCGGCCAAGGUGGCUCCAAGAAGUAUGGCUUAACAUGGAAAUGGUUGAGAUUCUUCAAGAACGACCGUGACAGGCGAGACCUCGUGACCUGUGGAUCGGCAGCUGGAAUAGCUGCUGCCUUCCGCGCCCCUGUUGGCGGUGUGCUCUUUGCUCUCGAGGAAAUGGCAUCCUGGUGGAGAAGUGCCCUGUUGUGGAGAUCUUUCUUUGCGACGGCUGUAGUUGCCAUAGUUCUCCGCGCCUUGAUCGAUGUGUGUUUGAGCGGGAAGUGUGGUUUGUUCGGCAAAGGAGGGCUCAUCAUGUUCGACGUCUAUUCAGCAAGCAUCACUUACCAUCUUACUGACGUCCCUUCUGUGCUUCUUCUUGGAGUCAUGGGAGGCAUUUUGGGAAGCUUCUAUAACUUCCUGCUAGAGAAAGUCCUUCGAAUGUACAACUUCAUCAACGAGAAAGGCACGGUCUACAAGAUCCUACUAGCUUGUCUGAUAUCACUAUUCACAUCAUGCCUCCUCUUUGGAGUCCCAUGGCUCGGCUCAUGCCAGCCAUGUCCACCCGAUGCAUUGGAGGCCUGUCCAACGAUAGGCCGGUCAGGCAACUACAAGAAGUUUCAGUGUUCGUCUGGCCACUACAAUGAUCUCGCCAGCCUCAUCUUCAACACCAAUGAUGACGCCAUUCGUAACCUCUUCAGUAGGAAUACUGACUCCGAGUUCCAUGCCUCCUCAGUCCUCGUCUUCUUCCUUAUCUGCUGCGUCCUGAGCAUCCUCAGCUACGGUAUCGUUGCUCCGGUUGGUCUAUUUGUCCCUGUCAUAGUCACUGGUGCAUCAUAUGGCCGGUUUGUUGGAAUGCUGUUUGGCGGUCGACCCCACUCGAGCCUCAACCAUGGCCUCUACGCUGUUCUGGGAGCUGCAUCAUUCCUUGGUGGAUCAAUGAGGAUGACAGUUUCUCUAUGUGUGAUCCUUCUCGAGCUCACAAACAAUCUUCUGUUACUGCCAUUGAUAAUGCUGGUUCUACUGAUCUCUAAAACUGUUGCUGAUGCUUUCAACGGCAAUAUCUAUGACUUGAUCAUGAAGGCGAAAGGGUUUCCGUAUCUCGUGGCACACACUGAACCUUACAUGAGACAACUGACGGUUGCUGACGUGCUCUCCGGUCCUCUUUGGACAUUCCACGGAGUUGAGAAGGUUGGAACUAUUGUUCAUGUAUUGAGGAUCACGAAGCACAAUGGAUUCCCUGUUGUUGAUGAAUGUUCCCAGGACGAUUCACGAGUGCUUUACGGGUUGAUCCUUCGAGCCCAUCUCGUUGAGCUGCUAAAGAGGAAGGACGGUUUUAUGUCAACAUCAGCAGAGAGCAGAGGAGGCGGCGUGGAGUUCUCGGCUGCCGACUUCGCGAAGAGAGGGUCAGGGACUCGGGACACCAUUGAUGAUUUGGAGAUUAGUGCAGAGGAGAUGGAGAUGUACGUUGACUUGCAUCCUUUUACGAAUGCUUCUCCAUACACUGUCGUGGAGACGAUGUCGCUUGCCAAGGCUCUUGUUCUGUUCAGACAACUCGGGUUAAGACAUCUCUUGGUUAUCCCCAAGAUCACCAAUAGAUCACCUGUGGUAGGAAUCUUGACGAGGCAUGAUUUCAUGCCAGAACAUGUACUGGGAUUGCAUCCAUUGCUAUUCAGGAGCAGAUGGAAGAGGUUGAGGUUGCAGGUACCACGGACUUUCAGCAUCUUCUGAAGAGGAUUUGAUCGACUAUAAAGUUGUACAUUUGCAGUUUAGGGACAGGGAGGUUUAUAUGAGUUAAUUUCUGGCUAACAAGAAUGUUGAGCAAUGCAGGUUAUGUUAAUGUACCAUUACAGAUUUUUUUCUUCCAAUUACCAUUACAGUUUUGAACUGUCAGUGAUUCCCUUCAAGUUAUGUUUGAUACAAGGAACGGUUGAAAGCUAAGGCUCUAAACCCUCCAAAAUGGGGGAAGAAGCUAUUUGCUGAAUUCCGAGAUCGAAAACCUCAGAGAACUCCUUAAUCAACGACUUAUAAGCAGUUUCAAUCAGCUGAGUAUCAUCAUCAUCAUCUAUGCCCAGCAAUGACUUGAUGCUUCCCACCCUUCUAUCCUUGAUCCCACAAGGCACUAUCGAUUUGAAAGGCGCCAAAUCCGUG